GAAAUUUCAGAAGAGACAAAGAAUAAACAUGCACAAAAGUGUUCAUCUGAUGAAUAAGAAUAAAAACAAAGAUAUUUUCACAAGAUUGAUGAAUUUUGGGCAGGCUGAAGAGCUGAAAAAGCAAAGAAUCUUUCGUAAAAAUCAUCAAUUAAAGUUUCAAACUAAAAGUUACACGAAAAGAAAGGAGAACACUCCUUCGAGGGAAAAUGUUAAACUAAUGAUUCCGUCUAUCCUUUCUGAUACUGUACCAAAAUGAGGGCCUAGCUCACCAAGGAGUAAAACCAUAGAUGUCAAAGAAAAAGGGGAUCUCUACUCAUUAGUAGCUUUAUAUCACGGUGUAGGAAAUUCUCCUCCAAAGCAUUACAAAGUUAAGCCAAAAAGCAACAUGAAAUUCCCGCGAAUCAGUGAAGGAAGCAAAAUACAGCUUGUUUCCAAAAUCACCAAUGGCAAGAGAAUAAAGUCUAAACCAAAAUCAGUGAAUAAGAUCUACCACCUCAAAUCUUUCGAAAAAGGCUCUUCAGAGAGCAUCAAAAAGCGUAAAAAUAUUAAGAGGAUGACUAAGAAACAAAAGAGUCAAUUGAGUUCAACAGUCAAUGAACUGUUCCCUAGAUAUACUCAUCAAGUAGAGGAUAAAGAGACUGCCAAUUUAUCUAACAGGAAACUCAUUUCAGCAUCUUUAGACAUGUCCAUAUCUAAAUCUAAAAACAAAAGUCUUUACACUUAGCAGGUACAUUAAGA